AUGUUGGCUCUACUCCUCUUAAGAGCUCUUCUGGCUCCUCAGAGCGGACUCAGAGAAUGUGGCAGCGCCUGGCAGCCAUGUUUGGAGGUCCACCCCCAAACGCCUGCGCCUCCAUUGGUCCAUGACGAAGCCCCGCCCCUCAUAAAGGAGUGUCCCGGCCAAUCGUUUCAGGCCUGGCGUCUGCUGCGGUAUUUAAAGUCCAGCCGGGCGGACGCCGACGACAUCCUGCUGGAGCCGUACCUGCAGAGCUGGGAUCAGCUGCUCAAUUUCAUGGAGUCUCUCGGGACCAUGGUGGGCUUCUUCUCCCAGAAGGUGAAGGAGAAGGUCGUUCUGAUACGAGAGCUGUCCCUCAAACGAGCCGCAGAGGCUCAUGGGAAACGCAGUCCGUCUGGCCGCUCGGGACUACAAACGCCGGCGUCGUUUGGACUACGGAGCGGGGCGUACCGUUCGGUGCGCUCCAUGGUGGAGGCGGAGCUCAAAGACGGCCUGGUUAACUUCUCUUGGCGGACUGAUUCUGGCUGCAGGACUCUGCUGCGGCUGCACCGCUCGCUGCUGUGGCUGAAGCUCAUGCUGGAGGGUUUGGCUGAAGGCCCGGACGCCCACGGACGAUACAAGACGCCUGGAGAGCUCAGCAGGACCGCCUACAGGGUGGCGUUGGCGCCCCACCACCCCUGGGUGCUGCGCCAGGCGGCGGAGUUUGUGUUCCUGGCGCUGCCGGACCGAGGCUUCUUCCUGCAGCUGGUCUGCGUGGAGAGGCAGCGCGACGCGGCGCCCGUGCUGCACGCCAUCAUCCACGCUCUGGAGCUCGUGCACGCGCAGACGCAGCGGAUCCUCGCCGAACACGGCAUGCUGGAGCUGCCCUGAACGCACCGCGGAUCCUCGCCCAGACUGUACGUACAAAGAAAGAGACUUCCUGUCGUACAGAGCUUCAAAAUAAAAGACUUUCUGACACACAAAAUACUCACUCUCACAGUACUGACAGUACACACACACACAGUACUGACAGUACACACACAGUACA